AAUCCAGUUGUGUUUUGCAUCCUGCCGAGAUGGAAAGAGAGUCAGACUCAGUGUGCAACGAUGAAGACAUGGCAUCCAUCAUGGGAUUCUCUAAGUUUGGUUCCACAGCCCGCACAUAUGACCCGUGUACCAUCUAUGAGAAGACGCGAAGAUUGUCCAGUGAGACAAGCCAGCCUGUAUCAGAGAGGAUGAAAAAGGUUGAAAAAAGGGAGGGCGCCCACUCAGGAAACCAGUCAAGCUCUGGUCAGAGUAGCAAAGCUGCAGCUUCUGCUUCCAGUAAACCAGAAUGUACAAACAGCAGUGAUGGAGGCGAUUAUUCGGGGCUUAUCGGGCCCACAGUCGCUCUCCAAUUUAAAGACGAGACGGAUGAUGGUGACGAACUAAUAGGACCACCUCUACCACCAGGGUACACGAGCAGCACUGCUCAGAAUGAAGAUGAUGACAGUAGUGACGAUGAUAGUGGUGAAGAUGAUGAUGAUGAUGACAUCAAUCCCGUGAAGAAGAUUCCAGACACUCACGAAAUUGUUUUGAACCACGGCACAAAAACAGUGUCAGCCCUUGCCUUGGACCCUUCUGGAGCUCGUUUGGUUACCGGAGGAUAUGAUUUUGAUUUGAAGUUCUGGGAUUUUGCUGGGAUGGACCAAUCUUUGCAUCCCUUCAGAUCUCUACAGCCCUGCGAAAGCCACCAAAUCAAGUCCUUGCAGUAUAGCAUGACUGGCGAUGUCAUCUUGGUGGUGUCUGGCAAUGCACAGGCCAAGGUGUUGGACCGUGAUGGCUUCAAUGUCAUGGAGUGUGUGAAGGGAGACCAGUACAUUGUGGACAUGGCCAAAACUAAGGGCCACACAGCCAUGUUGAAUGAUGGGUGCUGGAACCCCAAGAUUAAGCAAGAGUUUAUGACCUGCUCAAAUGAUGGCACUGUGCGCCUAUGGGACCUGAACUGUGAAAAGGCACACAAAUCUGUGUUCAAGCCUCGCUCCCUGCAGGGGAAAAAGGUCAUCCCUACAUGCUGUACCUACAGCCGUGAUGGACGCUUCGUCGUAGCAGGCUGCAUGGAUGGGACAAUCCAGAUUUGGGACAGGAACGUCAGUGUCCAUACCAAGUACCACUGUCGGGCAGCCCAUGCCUCAGGAUCGGAAACCUCUUCACUUGCCUUUACCUAUGAUGGAACCAAGUUGGCCUCCCGUGGAGGUGAUGAUACUCUGAAGAUGUGGGACAUACGCAACUUCAAGACUCCUCUGAAUGUAGCUACUGGGCUGACCAACUACUUUUCUAUGACUGAUUGCUGUUUUAGCCCAGAUGACAAGCUCCUGGUAACAGGGAUCUCAGUAAAGAAGAAUGAGGAAGGUGGGAAGCUGCUUUUCUUUGACAAAGAUUCCUUCAGGAGGGUCUACGAGAUCGAGGUCACCGAUUCAAGUGUUGUCCGCUGCCUAUGGCACCCAAGGCUAAACCAGAUCAUUGUGGGCACUGGGAAUGGAUUGUCCAAGGUGUACUAUGACCCUAUCAAGAGUGAAAGGGGUGCUAAGCUGUGUGUAGUAAAACGCAAACGUGAAGAAAAGCAAGCAGAGACACUGACACAAGAAUACGUCAUCACACCCCACGCCCUACCUAUGUUCCGGGAAGCUCGUCAGCGCAGCACAAGAAAACAGCUGGAGAAGGACAGGCUUGACCCCCUUAAAUCCCACAAGCCUGAGCCCCCUGUCUCUGGACCAGGUCGUGGUGGUCGUGUUGCCGCUCAUGGUGGCACGCUGUCAUCCUUCAUCGUGAAGAACAUUGCUCUUGAUAAAUCAGAUGAUCGCAACCCUCGUGAGGCCAUCCUGCGGCAUGCCCAAAAGGCUUCAGAGAAUCCUAUCUGGGUUACCCCAGCUUACAAGAUCACACAGCCAUUGCCAGUGUUUGCUGAGGAUUCAGACAAGGAUGAAGAGGAUGAAAAGGAACCAGCGUGGAAGAAGCGCAAGAUCUGAGGCAGAGUACUAGUUUUUCAGUGACCAUCUAAUGUCUGAUAAUUGGAAAUUAAGUUAAUGUAACUUGCUGCAGUCAUCUGAUUUUGGAUUGGCUGGGUCUGGUUUUUGUAUAUUCUGUGCCCCCCUGUAGGUCACUAGAAUGUAAAUAAAAUGUAUAUAUUGCUAUGUCCUGUGUCUUAAUCGAUCCAAGUUUUUCUGACAUAAAUUUGAGUUAGCCAAUAUUUAACUCGUUUCACUGACCUAUCAAACAGAUAUUUUGCCAAAAAAGGGUAUCUCUCUUAGCAAAUUAAGACAUAUUCAGACAUUUUCUUGACAAUUUAUUUUUGGUGUCAUGCUUUGUUUUGUCUGGCACUUCGACCGUGCAGAUAGCCACUCAGUUAUAUUCAAUGCCAGACUGCUUGUGUUGGACUCGGUGAGUCACUGCUUCAGAUAAAUAUUUAGAUGUAAUUUUUAUGUUACACAGUUCACUUGUUAGGUUACAGGGAUUUCUUAUAUUGAUGAAUUAAGUUGACAUUUUGGUUGAAAAUGUAUUAUUGAAUCAGUUUUUCCAACUGCAGAAUGAUGUUUCAGCUCCACCAGCAAAUUACCAUGUAAUUCAGAGGCUCUCCCCUCCAUUCUUGCCCUAGUAUUUUGUUAAAUCCUACCAUUAUAUAUUGAUUAUAUAACUAGGUAUAAGUUUGAUUAUGAACAGUGUUUUCUAUUUCAUAAAAUAAGAAUGAAAAAUCUGGAAAAAAUCCUUUAAUUGCAAUACUUGUCACACAGACUCUUGCAAAUGGAUCCUAUUGCCAGAUAUUCUCUUCAAAUUCUUUGGAUGACAUGUAGUGUCUUCAGUUAUCUCAAUGGGUCCAGGUGGCGUAAUGGUCCCAUUGCCUACCAGCAUGGGGAUCGCCGGUUUGAAUCCCCGUGUUACCUCCAACUUGGUCGGGCGUCCCCACAGACACAAUUGGUCGUGUCUGCAGGUGGGAAGGUGGAUGUGGGUAUGUGUCCUGGUCGCUGCACUAGCGCCUCCUCUGGUCGGUCGGGGCGCCUGUUCAGGGGGGAGGGGG